ACAAGAUGGAGGGCUUCUAACACACAUGUGAGAAAUCAAUCACUAGAAUUCUCAUCAUAAACAGAGCUUUAGUGCCGCAAAUCUUCUUGAAAGAUCCUUACACUGCCCAACCAUUACUAAAAAGCGAACUGAAACAUCCAUGGAUAAUAAUCCUAUAAAAUUGAACUCAAAAGACCAUGGCUACAAUGCACAAAUGGUGAAUGACAAUGAUGAUACUACAUGUAUUGUGAUUAAUGAUGAAGAGGAUACGCCUGAUGUAUUAAGCAAAGUGAACAAAGUUUGUGAUUUAACACGAGACCAACUAUGUCACCUUUUGAAAGAUAACAAAAAAUAUCUGCGAAACAUCUACCAGGGGAAAGCUUACAACAGAAGACAUGAAGACUACAAGAAAGGCGGCAAGGCUAGGGUUGACCUGACCUACCAAGUGAGGCUGGGUAUAUUCCAUGAAGAGCAGCAUGAUGUUGUGAUGGAACAAUUAAUGGCCAUGUUCUGCAAGAAAAACUUCACUCUUCUGGACUAUGUAAUGAAAGUUCUUUUUCCUGAGACCCUUGUGAAGAUCUACAUGGAUGUGAAACACAGCACCCACUAUGAAGCAGAACAGUUCAUGGAAGAUGCCUUGGAAAACGGUGAAGACUUUGUGCUCACUGACAUGAUAUGA